AUGGAUAGCAUAUCGAAGCGCUUGAAGUGUUCAAAUUGUAAUAUUGUAAUUUGUGAAGUAUUGGCCUUUGUGCAAAAUAAACUAGAUGUGAUGGAUGAACAAAGCCUGAUACAGAUUUGUGAAAGUUCAUUUAGUGCUGAAGAAAUUGAAUUAGCGAAGUCGUUAUUAUUUGAAUCAGUGAGCAAGCGACCAAAAAUUAGAAAACGACAGGGCAAAACCCUAAGGAAUAUUGAGGAUAUCAUCUGCUUGCUUAAAGAAACAGACCCCGAACAGGUACCAAUUUUUGUAGCAAGACGAUUAGAAAAACUUCCACCCGUAACGUUCGAUCAUGUUGAUGUGACAGUGUUGCUUAAAAAGAUAGUACUAUUAGAGAAAACUAUACAUGGCAUUCAACAUCAGUACGUUACGAAAAACCAACUUCAUGAAGAAAUAAAUGAGUAUUUUAGAUUAAAUUCAUUUGCGAACCGCGAACAAAAUAUUAUAUACAAAAGAGGUGAUUGUGACAAUUUUAUGUACGAUAGCGGACCGAUGGCGCUCUCAACAUCUUGCAAUAAUGCGUCAUACAUUGCUGAGGCUAAUGAACCAGAAAAGUGUAAGUCUCUGUCUAAUAAAUCACAUCAAGAAUCUAUGCAUUCCCGUCACUCAUCGCCAAUAAUUAUAUCAAGUGUGAAUGAGAAGUCGCAACCUCCAGCGAGUGUAUUACAAAGCUCACGAUGUGCGAAUGCGAUAGGAGAUGAGUGCAAAAUGAUUCAUAGUGCAACGCGACCGUUUAUACCUGUAGUGAAUGAAACAGCUGAUGGGCACGUUAGCAAGCCGUUCGACGCGUUAAUUGAUAAGGAUGAACAAAUAAAUGAUACAUUAAUAGCGAGGCGAAAGACUUUUUCUGAGGUGGUUCAGAGAGAUGGAGUAUGGAAGGAACCAAAAAGAAGCGAAGAAUGGAUUGUAGUCCAAAAACGGAGACUAAGAAACCGAUUUAUAAGUCAAAAAGGAACGGCGGUUGAUUUAGAGGGAAAAAGUCUAAAGCGAGAAAGUAAGGAAAAUACUGAAAUAACAGAGAACAAAGAUACAUAA